AAAAAAUUGACCUCAUUCAAUUACAAGAUGUUGCAUGCACAAACAUUUUUGUUUCUCAUUGGUGGGAUUAUUCUGUGCUCAGCUGAAGAAAAAACAUCAACAGAAUGGUGGCGUAACAAUUUUAUAUAUCAAAUAUAUCCACUGAGUUUUAAGGACAGUACUGGUGAUGGAGUAGGUGAUUUAAAUGGCAUCACAAGUAAAUUGGAACAUAUUGCUGACAUUGGUGCUAGUGCUCUCUGGAUUUCACCAAUUUACGUAAGUCCAAUGGUUGAUUUUGGUUAUGAUAUUACAAAUUUUACGGAUAUUGAUCCAGUAUUUGGUAAUCUUGAUGAUUUUUCAAAACUUGUUACCAAAGCAAAAUCACUGGGUCUUAAAGUACUUCUUGAUUUUGUACCAAAUCAUAGCUCUGACAAAUGUUCAUGGUUUACAAAAAGUAUACAAAAAAUAAAACCAUACGAUGAAUAUUAUAUUUGGAAAGAUGCUAAAAUAGUUAAUGGUACAAGACAACCACCAAACAAUUGGCUUGGUGCAUUUCAAGGUUCAGCAUGGGAAUGGAAUGAACAACGUCAACAGUAUUACUAUCAUGCAUUUGCAGUAGGACAGCCAGAUUUAAAUUAUCGUAAUCCACAAUUAAAUGAAGAAAUGAAAAAUGUUUUGAGAUUUUGGUUAAAUCGUGGAGUUGAUGGAUUUCGGGUUGAUGCUAUUCAUUAUCUCAUUGAAGAUUCAAGAUUUUUGGAUGAGCCUAAAAUUGCAAAUACUGGAUUACCAGACACUGAUGCUGGUACACUUGAACACAUAUAUACAUGUAAUCAAAAAACAACAUAUGAUAUUGUUAAAACUUGGCGGGAUGUGCUUGACGCUAGUCCUGGACCAAAAAAAGUAUUUCUUACCGAAGCUUACACGAGCAUUGAUUAUUUGAUGGAAUAUUAUAAAUAUGGAUCAAAUCUUCCAAUGAAUUUUAUGUUUAUGGAAGAUCUCCGAGCAAAUUCAACUGCACUUGAAUUUAAAUACAAAAUUGAUCGUUAUUUAAAUAGAAUACCAAAUGGACAAUCAGCUAAUUGGGUUGUUGGAAAUCAUGAUAAAUUUCGUGUUGCAACAAGAUUUGGACCAAAAAGAGCUGAUCAAUUGACAAUGAUUGCAACAAUUUUACCCGGUGUUGCUAUAAUUUAUAAUGGCGAUGAAAUUGGCAUGGAAAAUAAUAUUAUCUCUUGGGAGGAAACAGUUGAUCCAGCUGGUUGUAAUGCUGGACCUGAACGUUACAAUACAACUUCAAGAGAUCCAGCGAGAACACCAUUUCAAUGGGAUGAUACUGUUAGUGCUGGAUUUUCAACAAACACCAAAACUUGGUUACCAAUUCAUCCAAAUUAUAAAACCCUCAAUCUUGCUGCUCAAAAAUUAGCUCCAGCCUCACAUUAUAAAGUGUUAAAAAAAUUAUCUGCAUUAAAAAAAUAUCCUGCAGUUAAAGAUGGUUCAACUGAAAUUAUUGUAGUUGGUUAUAAUGUAUUGGGAAUUGUUCGACGUUUACCAGGAAAAUCACAUGUUGUUUUACUUAUUAAUUUCAAUGAUUCAAUGACUGUUGUUGAUGCGGCUUCUUGGAUGAACAUUCCCGAUAAAAUGAACGUAUAUACUGCAAGUGUACAUUCAAAUAUCCAAGUUGGUGAAUCGAUUAAUACAAACGAAAUUAAUCUACCUCCAGCUGCUUCAGUUAUACUAACUUAAAAUUAGACAUAUAUAUAUGCAUUAUAGAUCAGAUUAUCACGUUGAAAUAAAGUACAUAUUAUUACCUUAAUAAUUAAUUGAAAUUAUUUUUUAUAACUUAUAAGCAUUAUAAGUAUAGAUUGAUUUUUUAAAAGCACAUUCAGAUAAAAUUUUCUAGAGUAAAGUCUGAAUAAAAUUACAAGUUAUCAAAAGAAAAAGGCUUCUAGUAACGAUUCAUAUUAAAUCAACUUUACUUUUCACGGUACUCAGAAGUUUGGUAGCUUUAGAUACUUAAGACGUCUGGUGUGGGCAACUUAAUUGAGAUUACAAAUAAAUUGGUAGCUUACGUAAAACUAAAUGUAAGUGUAUACUUUGAGUUCCGUCAAUCUUAACAUACAAACUAUUUCGUAACUUUGACAAUGAUCCGUUUAACUCGUCCUAAGAACCAUUAGUAUAAUAGAUUUAUUUUUUUGUAUAUUUUUAACUAUUAUUUAGAGAAAAAAAAUUAAUUAUUAAUUUACAAAAAAUACUCAGUGUGGAUAUUUAAAAAUAAAAGAAAUACAAUCACAGCAUUGGAAGUACAUGAGAUAACUAUUACACAUAUAAAAAUUUGUUAUAAAAUGUAGGAAGAGUAGAUAAAAAAGUAAAAAAAAAAAAAGUUAAUCAAACGUUGAUAAUGGUCUCUGUUCUAUUUUGUAUUUCUGUGGUUAAAAGAAGUAAUGAGAUUGGUUUAACAGAUGAUAAAAUGACGUAAAAAGAUACACUGCAAUUGCAAUUUAAUGGUGGAUCAGAAAGAAAAAUAAAAUCUUGAGCCAGAACUUUCUAUAAAAAAAAAAAUAAAAAUAAAAUAGUACUGUACUAUCUGUACUGGAUUAUCCGUCAGAAGCAAAACAUGGCUUCCUAUUCUCGCAAACUAUACAAAACUCUAUAUUUGGCAAGCCAACAAUGCAACUGCAAAUUCCUAUUAUCAACUUAAAAAAUUAAAAAAAAAACUUGUUCACUCAAAGUCCCGCAGCAUAACGGAAAAAACAAAUAGCUGUGUUGUGAUUAUUUUAGUAAAAAAAAGUUUAGUAAAAACAAAAA